GCCGUUUAUAAACAGUGAGGGAGCAUAGGAAAAACAGUCAGUGGUUCCCCUGAGACACACAGACAGACACACAGACAGACACACAAACGCUCAUCCCCAGACUCUACAGAACACAGUUGUCUUCCCUCCACGGAUCAAGCACUAUCUGACUGAGAGACAUGUCCUCCUCCUCUCUUCUGUGGUGCCUGCUGGUGGUGUGUGUUCUGACUGUGGUUCAGAUCUAUGCAGCAGAGGAACCUAAGGUCCUCAAGGUGUUCAACCUCAGAGCCAGUGACCUGAACAGCGGCUUGUUCCAGACCCCUGAUGCCUACGUCAAGGUGUUCAGUGGCGCCGGCUACGGUGGAAAGACAGAGGUAAAGACCGACAACCAUGACCCCUGGUGGAAGGAGGACUUCAACUUCUUCAACGUCCGUGAGAACGACCCCAUGAGGCUGGAGGUGUACGACUCCGACGUGCUCUUCGACGACCUGCUGGGGACCUGUGAGCGCGCCAUCAAGAACGGAACUUGGCAACAUAGCUGCUCCAUCAAGAGGGGAGGGACGCUGUAUUACUCCUACACCCUAGAGCCCCUACAGUAGACCCUGUACUACUCCUACACCCUAGAGACCCUACAGUAGACCCUGUACUACUCCUACACCCUAGAGCCCCUACAGUAGACCCUGUACUACUCCUACACCCUAGAGACCCUACAGUAGACCCUGUACUACUCCUACACCCUAGAGACCCUACAGUAGACCCUGUGCUACUCCUACACCCCAGAGCCUCUACAGUAGACCCUGUAUUACUCCUACACCCUAGUCUCUACAGUAGACCCUGUACUACUCCUACACCCCAAGCCUAGAGUAAUGUCCCACCUCUCAUCCACAACAAUCUGUCAAAACUCUGACUUCACUCUGAUUCCAAACACCCUCUACACCAGCGUUUCCCAAUCCCGGUCCUGGGCACUAACACACCUGAUUCAACUAAAGGCUUGAUGAUGACUUGAUUAGUUGAAUCAUGUGUGUUAGUGGAGUGCUAGGGCAAAAACCAAAACGUGCUCCUCUUUGAGUCCCCAGACACAGCUCUAAACUGUGUUCUGAAUCACAACAGACACAUGUACCUAGUUUCCCCCUCCUCCUCACUCUGAUCUCAUGGUCCUCACUUUAGACAUCAAUAAAACAACUGUAUUUCAGUAUAAUGCUCUCAA